AUGAUUCCAACCAGAGCUCUCACUUUCCAACAAAUCAUCGAUGAGUCAACUUACAUUCUGACGGAACUGACCAAUGUCAGACACCCGAUGAAUACGGAUUGUUAUGGAAUUCUCAAAAGGAAGGAAGUCCCGAUUUCAUGUUUCGAACUAGAUACAGUCCAGAUUGAGAAUCGAUUCAGGACGGAAUGUGAAUCAAGAGAUCAUCCGAUCUGCUUUGGUAUUUUGGACGAAAAUCAAUAUACUAACAAGUUCGAGCCAGCAACCAAACGAAUGAAACUGGAGGACUCCUCCGUAGAUCAAGAGACGUCAGUUGGCUCAUGCAGUUUGCCAGAACGUGGAGUUACUAGAGAACUUAACAACGCUGUCCUCAACUCCAAUCGUCCGAUGCCCUCUUCAUCGCCCGAAUUCACAUUCACUCCCGUCUCGUCUUCUCUCUCAUCACCAACUUCAACCCAAUCUCAUUCAAUGUCAAUCAAGCAAGCUCAGGAUCUUUUGAGUACACCGAUCUCUUAUAAGAUCAACUUGGAUACCAAGGAAAUCGCCAGUCAAAUGAGAAAGUGGUUCACACUUGCGAUCUGUUCCCAGGCAUUCUUCGCAGUCCAUGUUCUUGGCGUUGUUCGGAGCCGUUUCCAUAGAGUUCUCACCAUCCCACCACCAUUCAAUUCAUUGAAGGCUGGAAAGGAAUUGUACAUCAAAAUGUACAAUUGGUUGAAUUUGUCGGAAGAUGUGAAAAAGGAGAUUUUGUCGGUAUCUGGAACAAACUCAAUAAAGUUUGCCCAAGAAUCAGUAAACGAAGAGGAAGAGUACGAGUGUCCCAAGGAGAUUUCCCGGAAACGAAAAGCUUCAUUCCAUUCGGAGACAUCUUCCUACUCGAGCUCAUCAUUGUCUUCUGACUCAUUCCUUUAUACUUCAAUAACUACCGAGACAUUCAACGCCCUCAUCAACAAGCCAGUCACUUAUGUUAACACCAGUAAGAUCUCCUUUUUGGUCAAAGAUUGGCUCGAGGAAACUCAAGCGACUCAGGAGUGGUUUGCCACGAAGAUUUUGAAAAGAUGCAGAAGAACUCUCAGCCAAUGUUUGAAUAAUCCAAAGGACUGGAAAGAUUUGAGUCAAAAAAGAGAAAUUUACGUGAAGAUGCACAAUUGGAUGUGUUUGACAAAGGAGCAGAGACACGAGAUGAUGAGAGCUUACAAUGCGCCGAACAUGGACUCCCACUAA